UAGCGUUGCGUGUGGUUCUCAAGGUCACUCUUACUUGUAUCACUUUUUAAUUAAACAACAGAAUAAGUUGUACUACCUAUCAUAUCUUUCUAUUCUAAUCGCAAAAUGCCACUCCGGCUUAUACGUUUGCGUUUGCCUGUUUUUUGAUAUCAACUGAUUUCGACCAUAAAAAAAUAUUAAGGAAACCUCUAAACCUAACCCUUGGCACACACAAGUCUGUUGAUGAUGUUCUAGAGAUAUUGUGGAUAGGAUGUUAUCAACUAUGACUCGGUAUAAUAACCAUUGGUACUCCUGUUAUAGUUGUUUUUUCUUACAAGAUAGAAGUCAAAGGGGACUCUGUAACAGAUUGAAUCUAAUGUCACACAAGCGUCCUGAGCACUCACUUCCUCCUGAACUGUAUUAUAACAGUGAUGAGGCCAAAAAAUAUAGUUCAAAUUCUCAUAUAAUUGAUAUUCAAACGCGUAUCACGGAACGGGCUUUAGAAUUACUUGCGUUGCCUGAAGAUGAAGCAUGCAUGAUUUUAGAUAUUGGAUGCGGCUCCGGUUUAAGCGGUGAAGUUAUUACUGAGAAUGGUCAUCACUGGGUUGGCGUUGACAUAAGUAAAGAUAUGCUUGAGGUCGCAUUAGACAGAGAAGUGGAAGGUAGUUUAGUACUUGGUGACCUUGGUUGCGGAUUACCGUUUCGCAGUGGAUCAUUUGAUGGGGCUAUUAGCAUUUCAGCAAUACAGUGGCUAUGCAAUGCGGACAGAUCCUCUCAAAAUCCCAUUGCGCGUCUGAGAAGGUUUUUCGUCUCGCUCUACAGCAGUCUUACUCGUGGUGCGCGAGCAGUCUUACAGUUUUAUCCGGAAUCCGUGGUUCAAGCAGAUCUAUUGCAGAAUGAAGCUACGAGAGCUGGAUUCACAGGCGGCCUUAUAAUUGAUUACCCCAACAGUACUCGAGCAAAAAAUCCGCAGCUAAAGUUUAUAUUUGUCUUGGAAAUUUUCAAGUCAGGCAUCGCAUUUAGGGAUAACCUUUUUCAUCUUUGAGAGUGUUGACGGAAAGUAAAAUACUUGAAGAACUCAAUCACCUUUUGUAGCAUCAUUAGACUUCAUCGAAAAACUGAGUUGUUUCCUGUGCAAAUGUACUGUUUGUCCGUAACGUAGUAGUCAUUCUCUAUAUUUAGGGUUUAAGAUAUGUAUUGGGUAUAUACUUAGUCAUCCUUUAUCGUUUAAUAGUAUGCUUCUGGUACAUUAGCAUUUCUGUUUCGACCCUUGCCCAUCUGUAAUAUCCGUACUAAGUUUUUUUCCUAAUUGCCAUGGAAUACUAGUACUUAAAUUUAUAUGUUAGUAUGAAAAUUCAAAAUCUAAGUCAACAGUUUGUGUUUUCAGACAUUACCUACUUUGAAGAACUAUCACUAAGUGUCGUAAAACGUGUCUCAAGGCUGGAAACAUAAAUCAGUAUAUCGUUACAGAGUCACAUUGUUAGUAAAAUUUGAAUCCACUAUCCAUAGGUAACUUCUCUAACUGCACUUUAGAAAGUAGUAAUCAGUCAGUACCAUCACAAUAAAAACCUUGCUAGUAAUGUAGAGCUUCAUGUACUCAAGUCCUAGGCACACUUUUGUCAGGGUUGUUAAUAAUAUCGGGCUGUUCAAACCGAGGCCAUUAGUGGGUUAAAAUUUCAAUCUCCGAUCUACUCAUUGUAAGAGGAGUCUUUAGACAAUACCAUUCUUCGAAACAUUUGCCUAUACACUGUUUUCCACUUAUGUUUCGACCUUUGUUUUGCGACACAACUUACAGCUAAGUCGUUUCGGUUUUCCUAUAUUAUCUAGUUUCACUAAAUAACUGCUUUCUCAAAAUUCCUCUUCAACACGAGAUCACAAAUUUUGUGCUGUAUAUUUUUGGUAAAUACCUAAAUCAUUAUUAAGGAUAUGGUGUUCUUUUCAAAAGCGACAAUUUACCCCGAUAUAUGUAUUAGUUUUGGCGUACGUAAUUAUUUUCCUAAAGUUCAUUCAGUUUUUGACACAAAUUGACCGGUCAUUCAUUUUUAGGUACUUUUUGGUACUGGAUGUUUGUAGCACUCGUCGUAUCCCGCAACCACUAACAGAAAAUAAUGAGAUGUCAAAUCAUAACCGAAACAAACUAGAGACCUUGAGAGAAUGUAGACAGUUGAAGAAAUUACCGAAACACAGUGUAGCUUGGAUAAAACAAAAAAAGCAACGUGCCAGGGACCAAAUGAAAGAAGUUGCUCGUGACUCUAAAUACACAGGACGUAAGCGUCGUGCUAAGUUUUGACACGGUUUCUUAUUACUUUAAAUUUAUAACUACUGUAUAUUGUGUACCUCGAUUAUAAUCACCAUGGGAUUUGACUUCAAUGUAUUGUAAUGCGUUGUUCAGUCAAUCUUCUCCAACUCCUACAUGCUUUUUUAAAUAUCUAAUUAUCAGUGUUAAAAUUAGGGAAACUUUGUAAAAAUCUAAUUGUUCGAGUUUCUCCCUCACUUUUACUAUCUUCCAAUACAUUAAUUUCAUACCUAAGGAUUAUGUUACAGUUUUCCAAUCAAAAUCGUGUUCUGCAAAUUUUUUGGCUAAUGUUCUAUGUAUUUACCGCUUGCAAUCGAAAUCAUUACUUACGUGUCGACCAUUGAGAUUUGUAUUGAAUGUAUAAUUUUGAUUGAAUCCGUCUUUCUUGUUACUUGUAACCUUUAAUGACACAGAAUCAGUGUCCACAUUAUGAGUGGCAUAUUCUAAAAUGUUUGUUGUGCCAUUUACUGUUAUCACUGCUAAUCUUAUGAAGCAAUGUAGAAUAUCUGUAUUGAUUGUUAAUAUUUGAUUUCC